GUUCCCCCCUCCGGAGGGAAGCGGGCAGGCGUUGCACCACGCGGAAGAGUGGCGAAGCCGCUCCGGGGAACCUUUUGCAGGGUGCACCAGACCUGGUCUUGGAAUAGUUGGGUGAGAAGAGGGGACCUGAAGCUCUUCAAUGAGAGAGCCAAAUACCCACGGCUCCCUCUUUAAAGAGAGCCAGGAUUAAGAAGGACAUUGGACGUGAGCAAUGGCUGAGGGCGACGCUGCUCUGAGCAGUGAGCCGUCUGUAGGUCAAGAGGAACGGCCCUACAAAUGCAAGCAGUGCCCGCGGAGCUACCGUCACGCUGGCAGCCUGGUGAAUCACCGCCGUACCCACGAGGUAGGCCUUUUCCGCUGCCUGGUGUGCCACAAAAACUUCUCCAAUCCCAUGUCUUUGAAGAGUCACCUGCGCACUCAUACGGAAGAGAAGCGUCACAAAUGUCCAGACUGUGGCAGAAGCUUCCGAGUUUCAUCCCAGCUUCCAAGCCACCACUGCCCAGCUCAGGCCAUCCAGGAGCAGGAGGAAGAAGGCCAAAGGGAUGGGAGUUACAGCUUCCAAAAGGGCCAGAGCCCAUCUUCUCUGGAUGUUGACUCCCGUUCUGGGAUGGAAGGCAGCAGCAGGAGUCUGUUGUCCAAUCCGGAGAAGUACAUUGCUGAAUCGGUGGCGCCAGCUGACUUUUCUCAGCAGGAGUUUCCAAUCAAGAAGGAACAGGAGAAUCAGGAUCUGCUCCCAGGGCACAGGGAGGGCAGAGAGGAGCCUGGGCUGCUGGCUGCACUGGAGGACGAUCGCCGCUACAAAUGCAACCAGUGUGACAAGGCUUACAAACAUGCCGGCAGCUUGACCAAUCACAAGCAGAGCCACACGCUGGGGUUCUAUCAGUGUGGCAUGUGCUACAAGGAGUUCUCCAACCUCAUGGCCCUCCGAAGCCACACCCGUCUCCACUCGGAGUAUCGGCCCUAUAAGUGCCGCUUUUGCCACAAAGCCUUCCGGUUGCCCUCGGAGCUGCUGAGCCACCAGAAAGCCCACAGCCAGGAAGAGAGCAAGUCCGCAGACCCAUCAGUCUGGGAGGAUUUGGAACACAACGUUUGGGAGGAGGACUCCAUAGAAACAUCAGCAAAGUUGGACAUCUAUCAACCGCCUCCCAUGGGCACAGGCUUCGGGGAGAGGGUGCCCUGCAGCCUGAAAGAUACCUCCAAGGCCGGUGGUGGAGAACGCUGUAAUCCGGAUGGAGAGCUGUGUGUCCGCUGUGGCGGGACCUUCGCCAAUGAGGAGGAAUUGAAGGAACACAGUUGCCUUUACCCAAAGGAGGCAGAUGAAGAAGAAGAGGCUGAGGGCAGCAGCCCUUCCCAAGCAGCCCCCAGCUCCAGCGAAGCUUGGGGAGCCCGUCUGAAAAGUGAGGAAGCCUUUCCCAUGUCUGAAGAGCGUCCUUUCCGCUGCGGGGACUGUGGGAGGACAUACCGCCAUGCAGGGAGCCUCAUUAACCACCGGAAGAGCCACCAGAUUGGGGUGUAUAGUUGUACCGUCUGUUCAAAACAGUUGUACAAUUUGGCCGCCUUGAAGAACCACUUGCGGGUACACCUCAGGUCGAAGCUGAACUCCUCGGCCCCAGAAGACGCCUCUCAGCACCCGUCUGGGAUCCUGGACCCACCAAAAGCGCAGGACUGCCCUGACCAUUGCCCAACCCGGCCCUCGGAUGCCUGGAAAGGACCAGCCAUCUGUCCCAAGGAAGAGGAAGAAAGGACUCUCGGGGAGGAAGAGCGACCCUACCGGUGCGAAGACUGCGGGCGGAGUUAUCGCCACCGCGGCAGUCUGGUGAACCAUCGCCACACUCAUCAGACAGGAAUCUUUCAGUGUUCCAUCUGCCCCAAGCAAUAUUCCAACCUCAUGGCACUCCGGAACCAUGUCCGUGUGCAUUUGCGGGCCGCGCGCAUGCUGGGCAGAGAAUUAAGGGACAGCUUGACCUGCACUAAUUGUGGAGAGAGUUUUGAGGAGGCCGAAUUCCAGCUUCAUCAGCUGCACCAUCUGCCCUGCACAGAGGACAUUGAGGCGGCCGAGGUACCUAGGCUUGGAGUCCUUCACUGUCAGGAAGCAGAUCUUCUUCAGACUAUUAAACAGGAUGUAGAAGCCCUGGAGAAUGGGGCAACAGUGGCUGAGGACAUCCUCCCUGCCUCGGAGAUGUGUCAUGUUUGUCACCAGUGCGGGUUGGCCUUUUCUACAGUGGCUAGCCUGCAGACUCACGCCCUGCAACACAUCAGUGGGCAGGAGCGUUUGGAAGGGGUGGCGGAAGGAACUGACCCACUUGUCCCCAUCCAGCGUGCCUACGAGUGCGAGCUGUGUGGCAAGUCAUAUCGGCAUUCGGGAAGCCUAAUCAAUCAUAAGCAGACACACCAGACGGGCGACUUCAGCUGUUCGCUUUGCAGCAAACACUUCCAAAACAUGGCCUCCCUUAAAAGCCACUUGCGUGGCCAUCAGAGGCCCAGGAGAGCGCUGUCUGAGACACUGAAGACUGACAUGAAGACUGACACUGAAGCUAGCGCUGCCAUGCCUAUGAUUUUAUCUUCAGCAGAAGAGCUGAGAGAUAGUUGCAGCAUUCAGGAAAAAGAUGCCACAGCCAAUGACUGGCAGUUGCAGUCACAAGCGUCUUCCCCAUUGCCUGACAAUCCUGAAGACCUUCUCUAUCUCUGUGAGCAAUGUGGGCUGGGCUUUGACCAGGCCAAGAACUUGAUUGACCACCAACAGACCCAUCAAGCUGGCAUCUUCCAAUGCUCUCUCUGCCCUAAAGAGUAUCCCACCCUCCUCGCUCUAAAACACCAUUUCCAUGGGCACGCCAAGGCCACAACAUCCAGCCAGGACAACCCCAAAGACCACGCUGAGGAGCAGCCAUUCCUCUGCAGCCUCUGCGGCAUGAUCUUCCCCAGCGAAGAGAGCCUUCAGCAUCACCACAGCCUCUUGCAUGAGGAGGCCGAAGGCCGGAGUGACAGUUUGGAUGUGCUGAAAAGGGAAACCGAAGAGCAGCUGGAUGGUGGAGGGGAUCCAGAGGAGGACCAGCUCCUCUCCCACAUCUGUGGUUAUUGCGGACAGACAUUUGACGAUAUGGCCAGCUUGGAAGAGCACAGCAAUGGGCAUCUGGAAGAGAAAGUGGCGGCCUUGGCCGAUACUUCUAUCCAGCUCUGGCGAGCUCCACGCAUGGAGGAUGACCUGCCCCCUGGACCCCCACCUUUGGUGGAAGCACCUCCGCUUGCUGAUGACCUGCUGGACAGCCGGCCUUAUGCCUGUGGACAGUGUGGCAAGACCUAUCGUCACGGUGGCAGCUUAGUCAAUCACAAAAAGAUCCACCUGAUUGGCGAUUACCAGUGCAGCAUCUGUUGUCGGCAGUACUGUAACUUGUCCGCCUAUAGGAAUCACCUUCGAAACCACCCGAGAUGCAAGUUGAACGGCAGCAUCCCCCAACUCCGACAAUCGGUCCUUGCUGCAGAAAGGGAGCUGCCUUGUGCUUACAAGAAGCUGAAGGAUGAGCCAUGUUGGGCUUCCCAAAAUGGAGAAGCUUCUGCGAGCAAUUCUUUCCUUGUCUCUCCUAUAGGAAAAAUAAAAGUGGAACAAGGAGAAGAGUUGAGCUCAGGCCUGUCGGAGACCAGAGAAGCUCAGGAAUGUGAUGUUCCUGGAGAGGGGAAUGAGAAGGAGGAGGCCCACCAAGCAAUACAGGAAAUGGAGACAAUAAAGAAAGAGGAAGAAGGAGCAGGAGAGGAGAAGGGCCCUCAGGCGGAAGAGGAAGACUCUCUCUCAGAACGCCCCUUCCAGUGUGAUGUUUGUGAACGCAGCUACAAGCACGCCGGCAGCCUCAUCAACCACAAACAGACCCAUAAGACAGGCCUCUUUCACUGCAGCAUUUGCCAGAAGCAGUUCUACAACCUAAUGGCCCUCAAAAACCACAACCGCACCCACUUUGAAACCAAACGCUACCGAUGUGCCGAGUGCCCCAAGGCAUUCCGGCUCCAGAAGCAACUGGUCAGCCACCAGCGCGUGCAUUGGGACAGCAGGCCAGAGCCUGCUUUCCACUCGGACCAGAGGUCCCUUCGGGCCAAGCGAGCUGGCAAGGCAGAGACGUUUCCGCUCCUUCCAGUCCCCGCUAAGCAGCUUCCAGAUACCGAAGAGCGUCCGUACAGCUGCAGGCAGUGCGGGCGCUCAUAUCGCCACGCAGGCAGCUUGCUCAACCACCAGAAGAGCCACAAGGUCGGGCACUUCACCUGUGCCUUGUGCACCAAGGCUUACCCCAACCUCAUGUCCCUGAAGAACCACCAGCGCAUCCAUUACGAAGUGAAACGCCACCAGUGUCCCGACUGCGGCAAAGCCUUCAAGUGGCAACGGCAGCUGCAGAGGCACCAGCGCCGACCCCACCCUUGCAGCAAGGUCAUGCCAGGGCAAGAGCCCGAAAGAACUAGAGUGGAUUGCGAGAGGGAUCAGGGGAACAACCCCGGAGAGGCACUUGUUGGGACUUUGCAGAGCCCGCCUCACCCCAAACGCUUACGCAACCAUGCCUCCCAAAAGAACCACAGUCGCGUGCAUGCAAAGAAAUAUUUGGAGUGCUCUGAUUGCGGCAAAGCUUACCGGGCUUCCAGGGGCCUGAUGCAGCACCUGAGAAGACAUCAAGCUGAGGAAAGAGGGGACAGUCCUAAAGGCAAGCUGCUGGAUGACCAGCCUUACAAGUGUCAUAGCUGUGAGCGGACAUACCGCCAUCCUGGUAGUCUGCUAAAUCACAAGAAGGCCCAUGCAACUGGCCUCUACCACUGCCCCACUUGCCAGAGGAACUUCUACAACCUUCUGGCUCUCAAGAACCACCUUCACAUCCACACGGACAAGAGACUCCACCGAUGCCCUCAUUGUGGCAAGGCCUUCCGGACGGCCAAGCGGUUGGCUGCUCACACCAAGCUCCACGGCAGGUCGAAGGAAGAAGAGACCUUCUCCUGCCCCGUCUGCUCGAAGAGGUUCUUCCACCACCUUACUUUCCAGCAGCACCAGUUGUUGCACGCCAAGGUUGAUGGGCACCAUGCCCUUGAGGGUGGUAUCACAGGGGAAGGGAACUGAGGGCUUGUUAGCACACGUGGGGAGAUGCAUCUAGGAUUGUAUGGCAGGGAGAUCCAAUUACAGGGAAAUGGUCGAGGUUUGGGUGGGAAGCUGGCUUCAUAGGAACAACGGUCCACGCAUCGGGGGUGGGGGAAGGUUAAACCUGGUCGUGGAUGGGAGAUAAGACAAGGAAAAUUGGCUCCAUGAUUCCCCAGCUUUUCUUCUUUUCUUUUCUUUUCUUUUCUUUUCUUUUCUUUUCUUUUCUUUUCUUUUCUUUUCGAACAUAGAUCAGAAAAACCGAGCUGGGAUAGCUGGGAAGAGAACAGGCAAGGUGGGGCGGUGGUGGGUUUUCUCCUCUUAACGGAAUGUUACGUUGAGCACAUAACAUAAAGCAUCUCUGUGGCAUCUCUUGGAAACAUGUUCCAUCUUUUCUGUCUUGGAUCCUUUUUGGGAAACUGACUCAGAACACCUUUGGGACUUUCAGAGGACUGUGCAUCGACAUUCUCCUAUUUGCAUUUCUGAACUGUUUUCUAUCCUUUUGGGAUGUCAGAUGAGUAGCUAACUCCAUGUUUAAGCUGCAUAUAAGUAUUUAAAUUGCUGGGUUUUUUUUAAUUAAUGGCAAAAGUACUGUCUUAUAGAAAAAGCAAGAAUGCUGGGGGUGGGUCUCGGUGUCGUUCCUGAACAAAGACUUAAAGAAGAAGACAAUAAUCCUCGGUGUGGAGUAAUCUUUUCUUUAAAAAAAAAAUUCUACCUCCUUCACUAAAAUACGUACACGUUUCCUUGGUAUGCAAGGAAACAUAAAAAAGCAGUUUAAUAGGUUUCGAUCGCUUUGAAAACGGAUUCUGAAAUGCUCACUAAAAGGUACUAGGGUUUAUGUGGAAGGUUUUCUAAAGAAACUUGAUUGAAAGUUUUAGGUUUAUGUGGGUAAGCAAGCUCUCCUUGGCAGAACCUCUGCUGGCUGUGUUUUAUCAGAAUAGGUCUUGAGCAGAAAAAAUAAUUGGGGAUUUUGUAAAUGAGUCAUUGAGAAAAAUAAUUUACCUCCUGAAAUUAUUGGGACUUCUUAUAGGUGUAUCUCUUGGGAGGAACAUUCCAUUUUCCUAGCCCCCCCCCAUUUGAUCUCCCCCUUAUAUCCCUCAGAUGGGUUGGCCCACCACCCCUACCACCAUAUUGACUGAGAAUGAUGGGUGCUGCCGUCAAGUGCAUCUGGAAGAAGCUAGUUUUGAGAACGCUCACCAUCUUUUGGACACAGAAACCAGAUCUCUCUGGUUGUCUGUAUUUUCAGAAGAAGACAUGGGGUGCCCAGCCUGAAGGGGAAGGGACAGCGAUGCACACAGAUCACUUUGUGAUCCAGACUCCCCCUUAGGGGGAUUCUCAUGGCCAGACUUGAUCUCACGUUCUUCAUUUCUCUUUACGCCAAACUAGAUUAGGUUCAGAGAGGCAUCUGGGGCACUUUUUAAUUUGAAGAAAACUUUCAAGGCACUCAACUUUCUGAGCUCUGCCGCAUCCAGAUGGCGUUUGGUUCUGCCAGUAUUUUGAGGCAGCAUGGAAGGCACUUAAUUUAUCUUUGAUUUCUCUUCAAUUGCCACUUUGCCUUUAAGAUGCCGGGCCUGGGGGGCGGGGGGGGAGUGUUUCCCAACAUAAAAUAAUAUUGUUAGUAUAAACAUAAUAAUUGGGAUUUUAGCUGGUGUAGAAAGCUAAUUAAUCUUGUUCUUCAUGAGAUUUGCACAGGGUUUGGCACAGAUGGUAUCGGGCCUCCUUUCUUCCCCUGAUGUUUGUUUGUAUUUCUUUUUAGAAGAAAACCUUUCUGUUAAUGGCGGUAUUUAUUCUCCUAUCCAGUCUGGACCUGAAUUCCCCCGAGAAAGAGGCACCGAGCCUGACCUCGCACAAUAUGAAACAAUGCUCUUUAUUUCUUCCCAUGUCAUUUCUCAACAGGCAAGACUAACAAUGCUAAGCAGCUGCGAGGGUGGCUCAGGAUAAUAGGCCUGGCAGUCCAACACUGGAAAGACGACAGAGCAGGAAGGGAAUAUUUGUCAUGAGAGAAAUCUCAGUUUGAGAGAACUACUGGAGGACUGCUUUGAUCCCUUCAUUCUGUUUUGCCCAGAGCGCUUGGAUCCCUUUAGGGUUUAGGGUUGAUCUGGAUGCAGAUCAGAUGGCAGAGAAGGGAUUCUAACCCCUGGGGGACUUUUCUCUACAGCUUGGAAAACAAAGAAAAGAACCAGGUUAGAUGGGCUUGUUUUUCAAACACAGUGAGAUUUUUAUUUUUAUUUUGAGACCAGCCAGAAUGGAGAUGUCUUGAAAUGAAGCAUCCCCAAUGUACUUUCCCUGUUCUGCAAGGCACAGCCAGAGAUUAUUGGAGAUGCAUCUAAGAGCUGUCACUCUCAUAAUCCCUAGAAUUUGUAAAUGGUUUAUAGUGAUCAGCUUUUAGACUACAGGGAUGCGGUGGGUGGGAUUAUAAAAACAUUUUUAAAAAAUUAAACAAUUGACCAUCACCAGGCUAUCUUCUUCUGUUUUGGGGUUGGCACGGGUACCUGUUUCACUACUGCUCUGAGGCCAGCCCCCAGUUUUGUUCUCAUUCAGGUAGAAUUUGGUUCAGUGAAAGAAUAAAUGUUUUUAAGUAGGUAAGAGCUCUUCAUUUGUGAUUAAAUUUUAUAGAAUUUCUAACAUAGGUGGGUAAUAUUUUUCAUAGGGCGUGGGAGGGACAUGUGUUGGUUUAUUUCACCAGCUGAAAUCUGUUGUUUUUUUUUUUCUUCUGCCUUCAAUGUUUAUCCUUAACGAUGCCCAAUAACUCCAGAAUGUUGACGAUCAACUCCUGUAUAUGCUGCUGUUUUGGAUAACUGACAUUUUAGCUCUGGUUCAGAAAAAAAAAAGAAAGAAACCUCACAAAAGGAAAAUAAAUUUUGAGUUUCGUACGUUUUCAAA